AUGAAAGAUGCUGUUUGGAUUUCAAAGUUUCAGUUUUUAUGGUUUUUUCUUCAGAUCCGGCAAAUUUGUCUUGAAGAAAAUUUAACUGUCAUAGAAGAUUUUUGCUCAGAUGAUAAAAAAUGCAUUCUCAUUCCACAUUUGAAGGAUAAUACAUACUGCGGGAGUAAAUUGCAAGAGAACAUACUGGGUGAAGAAGAGAAGAAGAAACUGGCAAACAAAGAAGUUGUUGCAUUACUAAUGGAAGUGAAGAGUCAGCCUCUUGAGGAGAUGUGGAAGACUUCACAACCUUUAAUCUAG